UAAUAGUUCGCUUCGCAAGCGCCACUAAUAAUGUGAGUGCUGCUGUGUCUCCCUCUGCUGGACGAAGUGAAAAUCACACACAAGAUCAGCUUUAUCACUCCCCUGUACACUAGGGGGCGAUAUACAGCUUCUUGUCUUAGUAACAAGAGCAGCACGAAGAAGAGAAAGGCGAAAGAAGUGACGUGCAUUUUAACAUGAUGAUCCGUGUGAUUGAUCAGACGUUUAUCAUCUGUGCUGCUGUAAUGGGAUUCUUGCAGAUCCUGUGAGUCUUCAAUCCUAGAGCAUAAUUUGUCAGUUCUAAAGUUUCAGUUUUUUACACUGCCCCUUGACCUGUGAAAAUUUAUCUGCACUAUGAGCGACCCAAAAGGCAGAGAUGACACUCCCAACAGUCUCUCCAAUCGAGAUACGAUUGAUCUUCCUGAUGAUGCCUCUUUGAGUGACUCUGAUCCUGAUGAGUCCUUACAGUCCCUCAGCAGAAAAGUUGAGGAAUUGUCUUCUUCCUCUGAUGAAGAAAAUGUUCAACAUACCAGCAAAGUCUCUGAAGAAACUCCCUCGUUCAAGUUGAUGGGUGGGAGUUUUGGGUUCUCAUACCGCAGCAGAAGCAUUUUUGAUCAGCUGGAUAGUGUUGGGAAGCUUACCUCAAGUCAGCUGGCUGAAGACAACAUCGUCGAUGGUACAUUUGCUCGUCCUGCUCCACCAUCGCCUCCUAUGAGAUGUAGAGAACCACAGAGAACCAAAAAAGCUUCAUCAAGCAAGACGGUACCAGACUACCUGCUACACCCUGACCGAUGGACCCGCUAUAACCUGGAAGAUGUUCCUGACACAAGUGACCGCAAAAACAGCCAAGUGGCCCAUGAGUUCAUACAGAGCCUACAUAAACGUAGGAGAUCUGAAGAAGCUGAUGCAAGUUCUUUUAGCCCAGCUUUCAACCAGGUCCACAGCAGCAGCUCAGAGCACAAGAUUAUCUUCACCAAGCCCAGCCAGUCUUCCAAAGAUGAAGGCCAGAAUCUGCACAAGGUGGACCGAGCAAAAGAGGUCGGUUUAGUUCACUUGGAUGAUGAACAACAAGAAGAAGAAGGAGGAGGAAAAAUGUCCUCUCUUCACCACAAUCUUUCACUAGAUGGUGGGAAAAAGAAACGAAAGUGGAUGGACGAAGGCGACAAUGAAGAUGGAAAAGGUAGUAGUGCUACUUUCAGUAGUGGGAGAAAAGUGAAUCGCAAAAACUUCCGCAAGGCAGUUGGGGAAGAGGACUAAAAGCUUUUGAGUGCAUGAUAUGUCCAGUUUAGCACUCUCUCUUGUGAGAGCUAUGUCAUUAGCUCUUAUUCUCUUUCAUUAAUCAUGCACUUUUGUGGGUUGUUAAAAAAAAGACCACAGAGAUGAGGUUUUGCAUUUAGAGAUUUUUUUUCUGCAUUUAUUUUACAAUGUAGGAACUCUGUUAAAUUGUUUAUAUUUUUUGGUGUGUUAAACAUUAUCGUCAAGUGAAGAAUGGAUUACAAAAAUACGUUCAUCAUCUAGAAACAGUUUUAAUUAAAAAAGCAGCUUUUAUGUCUUGUAGACUGAAAACAUUUGGAUUGUAAAAACGCAUAAAACAGCCAGUCUAACUCUUCUUGUAAAAUUGUCUGUUUUUUUUUUUUUUUUGCACAUCUGUCAUUUUGACAAUACAAUACACUGUUGUAGUAAUGAUUUCCAUACUGAUUAGAUUAGACUACAAACCAUAGAGCAGCACAGACUACUUACUCUAAUGCAUCUGAUAAAAUUUAAAACUUGCUGAACUCUGUCUCCUCUGUACUUGAUAGAUUAGCUGACUAUACUUAUUUGCCAUUUUAUCAGUUGCAUUCAAUUGGACUUUAUACAUUUACAGUUACUGACUUUUUGCGUUUUGCUAUGCACAAUUUAUCAGCCUCAAUUUACUUUGUUAAUCAAUAGUAUUUUGAAUAAUUAAUAGCAACCACAAAUAUAUGCAAAAAAAUGAAUACUUUUGAGAGAAACGUCUUUCAAGUUUGUUCAUACCUGUUCCAAAAUGAAAUGUUAUUACGAGGUUAUCAUGUAUGGGAAGGGUGACUAUAUAUUUACAAAGAAUUGCCAAUGUGUAGGAUGUUUCGGUAAAUAAAGCUAAUUUUUUUGCUUCAAAAAAAAAAAAAGACAAUUUCUACUGUGUAUGGAGAUAGUUGGGUAGAAUGCCUCUCC